AGUAUCUUUGGGCAAUGCAACUAUACUCACUAUUCAAAAUUUGCAUCUGUUUUGAUAUGGUUUCUUCAGUACAUUUUCUGAUUAUUAAAUGUCAUUAUUUAAUCUUUUGAGUUUUCCUAAGUCCUGUUUGUAGCCAGAACAUAGAUUAAAAUAUUUGAAUGUAACCAGCUAGUUGUCGGAAUCCUUAACUUUGACUCCGGUUUGAACUCUAUAAAACCCCACAUUGCAGUUUCUGGGCUUCUCUGUUCACUGCUAGUUACAAUCCAAAAUCUAAAAUUUAAGUCAUUUUCAAGAAAAUCUUUUAAAAAAAAGAAAAAGAGAAGAGAAAUGGGAUGUUAUUCAGGAUUAGUAUUGAGUGCUAUGAUCAUUUUGCUUGCACUUGAGCACUCUAGUGCAGUGUGUGAUCAAGGAAAUCUUGAAACAGAAUCACAGAAACACGUGCUUCUUCAAAGUGAUGUCAAGUUUCUUUUGGGGAGAAAAAUGCUGCAAGAAUUGGAUGGGAAACCAGUUUAUAUGCCAGGUCUUGAAAAGUCUUUCCCAGAAGUUCAAACAGAAAAUAAUCAUGCCCAGGCUCAGCUGCAGCAUUCCCAAAAAUCCACUCUGAACGACGAAUCAAAGGCGUUGCUUGAGGCAGCGGACGAGGUAGCAAACCUAAUGCGCAAGGACUACAGAGGGAUGGCGCGACGAAAGCCACCAAUCAACAAUCAUGUGCCCAAAGGCUGAGGGAUGAGUGAUGCUGCAGUUAUGUUAGUUAGCAUAGAUGAAUUCCUCUUGGCUUCACAAUUUUGCUCCACCAAGUGAAGUCACUCCUCAUAUAUAUAGAUAGUUUAAGUACUAAACAAAAGUUAGUCAAUUCAGUUAGUUUUUUUUUUUUUACCAAGUAUAGGAGUUAGUUUCUGUUUUAUUUUAACAUCACCAUCAUCAUCAGCCAGCUAUGUAGACACUUGUUAGUAUUGUACAUUAUACAAUACACUUGCUCUCUAGUUUUGUUUUGUUUGUGAAGGAGAAGGAAUAUAGUGAAAUGGUGAAGAUAUUUAUUAAAA